UGCGCUACUUCCUUAUUUUCAGUCUGUUCGCUCAGAAGAGUCACGUAGCUUUGAAGUGGAUGUAUAAAAAAUGAAAUGGCCGAAAAAACGACCUUAAUUUUUCUGAUUCUAGUAGGAAUACAAGAGUCUACAGCAGUGAUCCACUCUCUGAAGUAUUUCUAUACGGCAUCUUCAGGAAUACCAAACUUCCCAACAUAUGUCUCUGUUGGGUUGGUGGAUGAUGUUCAGUUAAGUUACUGUGACAGCAACAUCAACAGAACCAUUCCUAAACAGGAUUGGAUGAAUAAAGUGAGUUCAGAACAUCCAGAUUACUGGGAGGAGGAAACAGAAACAUGUCUGGUUAAACAGCACAUCCUCAAGGAAAACCUAGAAAUUGCCAAGCAACGUUUCAGCCAGACUGAAGGAGUUCAUGUCUUUCAGCAGAUGUAUGGCUGUGAGUGGGAUGAUGAGACUUCACAGAUCAAAGGUUAUGAUCAGUUUGGUUAUGAUGGAGAAGAUUUUAUUGCCCUGGACCCACAGAAACAUCAUUGGAUCUCUCCAAAAUCAGAAGCUGUCAGCACCAUACAAAAGUGGGAUCAUGAUAGAAAAGCUGUAGAACAUGAGAAGAUCUACUUAACUCAGACUUGUGUUGAGUGGCUGAAGAAAUAUGUGAACUAUGGGAGAAACUCCCUGAUGAAAACAGAUCGUCCAUCAGUGUUUCUCCUCCAGAAGAAUCCAUCCUCUCCAGUCAGCUGCUUUGCUUCAGGUUUUUACCCCAACAGAGCUGAAAUGUUCUGGAGGAAAAAUGGAGAGGAGAUUUAUGAUGGUGUGGAGAAAGGAGAGAUUCUCUCUAACAACGAUGGGACCUUCCAGAUGAAUGUUGACAUCGAUCUGUCAUCUGUUCCAACUGAAGACUGGAACAAGUAUGAAUGUGUGUUUCAGCUCUCUGGAGUCAAAGAAGAUCUUGUCACCAGACUGGAUAAAAGCAAAAUCAAGACCAAUGACGUGACCCAUUCUCUGAAGUUUUUCUACACUGCAUCUUCUCAAGUCCCAAACUUCCCAGAGUUUGUGGUUGUUGCGUUGGUUGAUGAUGUUCAGAUGGUUUACUAUGACAGCAACACACAGAAAGCUAUACCAAAACAGGACUGGGUGAAUGAUGCAGUAGAUCCACAGUACUGGGAGAGGAACACUGGAAUCUUUCAGGGUACCCAGCAGGCCUUCAAAGCCAACAUUGAAAUUGCAAAGCAGCGCUUCAACCAAACUGGAGGUGUUCACAUUUUCCAGUGGAUGUGCGGCUGUGAGUUUGAUGAUGAGACUCAACAGGUCACUGGCUAUGAUCAGUAUGGCUACGAUGGGGAAGACUUCAUAACAUGGAACAUGGGGACAAACACAUAUAUUGCUCCAAAACAACAGGCUGUAAUUACUCAAAACAAAUGGAACAGUAACAAAGCUGAGCUGGAGUACAGAAAGAAUUACCUCAACCAGAUUUGUCCUGAAUGGCUGAAGAAAUAUGUCAACUAUGGGAGAAACUCUCUGAUGAGAACAGAUCGUCCCUCAGUUUCUCUCCUCCAGAAAUCUUCAUCCUCUCCAGUCAGCUGCUUCGCUUCAGGUUUCUAUCCUAACAGAGCUGAAAUGUUCUGGAGGAAAGAUGGAGAGGAGAUUCAUGAUGGAGUGGAGAAAGGAGAGAUCAAGCCCAACAAUGACGGGACCUUCCAGAUGAAUGUUAACAUCGAUCUGUCAUCUGUCCCAACUGGAGACUGGAACAAGUAUGAAUGUGUGUUUCAGCUCUCUGGUGUCAAAGACAUCACCAAUAGACUGGAGAAAACAGGAAUCUUGACCAAUGAACCAAAAACCAAAGAUCUGACCAUCGCUUUUGUUGUUUUGGCUUUGCUUGGUGUUUUUGGUGUCCUUGGUCUCAUUGGUGGAUGUGGAUUCAUUCUUUACAAGAAGUAUAAAGAUGCUCAAAAUACCAAGUCUUCAACAUCAUCUUUAUCUAGUGACAAAUCAAACAACAGCAAGGACAGUGCCUCAUCAGAUGAACCACUCAUUCAAUGCAAAAGGAGAACCACCAACUGAGGACCUUGGACACCAAUAUUCAAAUGCACCAAAAUCAGUCUUUUUUGAGCAUCUUCAUUUGGUCAAAGCAUCAGUUGUACAUAUUUCUGAAACGUUUUAGAUCUUUUGGCCUUUAUAUUCAAAUAUUAUUUAUGUCUUUAAGAGGUUUUGAAAAAUAACUAUCGCUAUUGCUUUUUGAUUUUUAACUGUAACAAGGAAAAUCUUUGCCAGAGGAAGGACUUGGUGGUUUUAUUUUAGUUUGAAAAUGUUUGUUUAAACAGUCAGGAUAAAACAUAAUCUGCAUCAUAUAUUUGGGGUAAAUGCUUGUCAGUUCAUAAACUUGGCUAAUUUGUAUUUGUUUUACAUUAGUUUACCUUUUGACUUAAUGUUUUUGUUGUUAUUUUUAAUUGUGAUAUUGAAUGGGGAUAAGGCUUAGUUUUUGGUGAGUUUCUUUCUUUUUGGGUGUUAAUUAGUUUUGUUUUCUGUAACUUGAAUUCAAAAUGUUAAAAAUCUUGAGUAAAGAUAAUAAAGUUGUCAGGGGUUUAGCUUGUG